UGACACUUCCGGGUAGGGCGAGCGGCGGGCCGGCUGGGCAGGGCGGGCGGCUCGCGGCCACUAUGGCGUACCACGGCCUCACGGUGCCGCUGAUCGUCAUGAGCGUGUUCUGGGGCUUCGUGGGCCUCCUGGUGCCCUGGUUCAUCCCCAAGGGCCCCAACCGCGGAGUCAUCAUCACCAUGUUGGUGACCUGUUCAGUUUGCUGCUAUCUCUUUUGGCUGAUUGCAAUUCUGGCUCAGCUCAACCCUCUCUUUGGACCACAGUUGAAGAAUGAAACCAUCUGGUAUCUGAGGUACCACUGGCCUUGAGGAGGGACACGGCAGCGCCCAGUCUUCCAGGUGGUGAGGAGAAUGCCUCCUAGCUGCGGAUCGCCUCUACACCCAGAUUGCCUUCUUGGACUCGCCUCUCUGGGCAUCUGUGCCCCUUCCCAACACCCCUGAAGCCCUGCCCUGCAGUGCAGUAUUUUCUCCUUCACCUUUUUACACUCUGAUGAACGAAGUGCCUACCAACUGAGCUGGUUGCCUGUGCUCUUCUCUUGGGAAAGCUCCUCUCGCCUGGCAUCUGCAGAUGCGGAGAGCUCCUGCCUGCACACAGCACUGCGGCAGGAUGCAUGCAGCUCCCGCAGGGCGGUGAGGAGGAGAGCGUACUCAGAGGGGAGAGCUGUCCCAGCAGAUUGACACCAAGCUGUACCUUCAGGAUGAGUUUCUUACUUCUGCCAUCUUUUGGAAUAAAUUAUUUUUCUGCUUUCUAUAGAA